CGCCGGUCAGGGGCCGGUGGCAGCAGAAAGUGCAAGGCCUGGCGUGAAGCCUUCUCUGCGCCGAGUGCAGGCCAGUGGUGCCGAAGAGACUCGGGGAAGUGACCAGGGCGGUGCCCUCAGGCCUUAACGCACCCGCCCAAUAGGGGCGGGGCUCGACCUCCCGGACCCGCCCAGCCGAGGCGCUAGGUCUGCGGAUUAACCGCCCUGCGUCUGCGGGAGUAGGCCUCCCUCCGCUAGAGACAUGGAGUUUGCGGAGCUGAUUAAGACCCCGCGGGUGGACAAUGUGGUGCUGCACCGGCCUUUCUACCCCGCUGUGGAAGGGACCCUAUGUCUGACGGGCCACCACCUGAUCCUGUCUUCCCGGCAGGACAACACUGAGGAGCUCUGGCUCCUCCAUUCAAAUAUCGACGCCAUUGACAAACGAUUUGUGGGCUCUCUGGGUACUAUUAUCAUAAAAUGUAAAGAUUUCCGAAUAAUUCAGUUGGAUAUUCCUGGAAUGGAGGAGUGUUUAAAUAUAGCCAGUUCCAUCGAGGCAUUGUCCACUCUGGACUCGGUCACCCUGAUGUACCCUUUCUUCUACCGACCCAUGUUUGAAGUGAUUGAAGAUGGCUGGCAUUCCUUCCUUCCUGAGCAAGAAUUUGAGUUCUACUCUUCUGCUACCAGUGAAUGGAGACUGAGCUAUGUCAAUAAGGAAUUUUCCAUCUGCCCUACCUACCCACCAACUGUCAUUGUGCCCAAGUCCAUCGAUGAUGAAGCACUUCGGAAAGUAGCAGCCUUCCGACAUGGGGGGCGCUUCCCAGUCCUGAGCUAUUACCAUAAAAAGAAUGGCAUGGUAAUUAUGCGAAGUGGUCAGCCCCUGACUGGCACAAAUGGGCGGAGGUGCAAGGAAGAUGAGAAGCUGAUAAACGCCACCCUCAGGGCAGGAAAGCGUGGCUACCUUAUUGACACCAGAUCCCUAAAUGUGGCCCAGCAAGCUAGAGCCAAAGGAGGUGGCUUUGAACAGGAGGCUCAUUAUCCCCAGUGGAGGCGGAUUCACAAGUCCAUUGAGAGAUACCAUGUUCUUCAGGAGAGCCUAAUCAAACUUGUGGAAGCAUGCAAUGAACAAACACACAGCAUGGACCGAUGGCUCGGCAAGCUGGAGGCCUCCAACUGGCUGACACACAUCAAGGAGAUCCUGACCACCGCCUGCCUGGCCGCCCAGUGCAUUGACAGGGAAGGUGCAUCAGUGUUGAUCCAUGGGACAGAAGGAACUGAUUCCACACUGCAAGUGACUUCUCUGGCCCAGAUCAUCCUGGAACCGAGAAGCAGAACCAUCCGAGGCUUUGAAGCCCUGAUAGAGCGAGAGUGGCUGCAGGCUGGUCACCCGUUCCAGCAGCGCUGUGCACAGUCAGCCUAUUGCAGCAGCAAGCAGAAGUGGGAGGCCCCCGUGUUUCUUCUCUUCCUGGACUGUGUGUGGCAGAUCCUGCGGCAGUUCCCCUGCUCCUUUGAGUUUAAUGAGCAUUUUCUCAUCAUGCUCUUUGAGCAUGCUUAUGCCUCACAGUUCGGGACGUUCCUGGGCAACAGUGAAAACGAGAGGUGUAAGCUGAAGCUACAGCAGAAAACAAUGUCUUUGUGGUCAUGGGUUAAUCGGCCCAGUGAACUGAGUAAAUUCACCAAUCCGCUUUUUGAAGCCAACAACCUGGUCAUCUGGCCUUCUGUAGCUCCACAGAGUCUCCAGCUGUGGGAAGGAAUCUUCCUGCGCUGGAGCAGAUCCUCUAAGUAUCUGGAUGAAGCCUAUGAGGAAAUGGUUAACAUCAUUGAAUAUAACAAGGAGUUACAAGCCAAGGUCAAUGUCCUGAGAAGGCAGUUGGCUGAAUUGGAAACAGAGGAUGGGCUACGAGAGAGUCCCUGAAAGAUCUGCCGCCUGUCCUGAGGACCUGUCCAGGUCUCAGUCCGUCUCCCUCUGUUUGCCCUUCAGUUCAUGUACAUGGUAGCCUUGACCUUGGCUGUAGGUGUGGGAUCCCUGUAUCGUAGUGGCCUUCUCAGCACUUCGAGGUGGAAGUCACUAACACACAGAUAUGCCUGUUAGGCCCUUUGCUUUGGGAACAGAAGGUACUGUCACCUCACUAAAUAUAUGAUACCUGUGCCCUGUGCUGUUCCCCAUCACCACUUAAGAAUCCACCUACAACAUGGGCCAGGCUUAUUUGCAUUCAAGUAUAGAGGUGUUUUUAAUGGAAA